UGUUUUGGAUGCGUCACAGUGACGUCAUACGUACACGGUCGAGGACUGUGUCGGGGCACGUCUCCUUCUGUCAAAAUACACACACACACCCCUCAUACACUACUAGUUCGAUUCACUUGACGAUAUAUAACUGCGCAGUCGGAAUAAAACACUAUAAAACAGUUUCAGGUGAACGGAGUUUGACGGUAAAAUGUGUGGAAGGACUGCGUGCACACUGGCCCCUGACGAGGUGAGCCGAGCCUGCCUGUAUAGAAACCGGCGUGGACAGCGUAGACAACCCGGUUGGAGGGACGGAGAUGCGGAUAAAUACCGACCUUCGUACAACAAGAGUCCCCAGUCCAUGAGCCCCGUUCUGCUGUCCCACAGACAUUUUGACAAGAAUGCUCCUGCUGAUGAGCGUGUACUAGCAGCCAUGCGUUGGGGCCUGGUACCUUCCUGGUUUAAAGAGAACGACCCGAGCAAGAUGCAGUACAGCACCAGCAACUGCCGCAGUGAGAACAUUCUGCAGAAGAAGUCUUACAAGGAGCCCCUGUUGAAAGGACAGCGCUGCGUCAUCCUCGCUGAUGGCUUCUAUGAAUGGAAAAGGCAGGAGAAAGACAAGCAGCCUUUCUUCAUCUACUUCCCUCAGACUCAGAGGUCCUGUCAGGAUGAAAAAGAUGACAACGAUCUCAAAGUAUGUGAAGAAAAUGAGUCCGAGACAGACCUGACAGAGGAAAAAGACGUGGCGGGUGAGUGGACGGGUUGGAGGCUGCUUACCAUGGCUGGACUUUUUGACUGCUGGACACCUCCAGCUGGUGGUGAGCCUCGCUACACGUACAGCGUGAUCACUGUGAACGCUUCCCCAAAUCUGCAGAGCAUCCAUGACAGGAUGCCAGCCAUCUUGGCCGGAGACGAGGAAGUGAGACAAUGGCUUGAUUUCGGGGAGGUGAAAUCUCUCGAUGCAGUGAAACUGCUCCAUUCACAAAACAUAUUGACCUAUCAUCCUGUUUCAUCGCUUGUCAAUAACUCACGCAACAACUCACCCGAGUGCCUCCAACCUGUGGACCUCAACCAGAAAAAGGAGCCAAAAGCGACAGCAAGCAGCAAGAUGAUGAUGAGCUGGCUGGCCAGUGGCUCUUCAAAGAGGAAGGAGUCGGAUUCUUGUGAGAGUCAACAUGAGGUAGAAACAGAGGAGCCUCAGAGCACAUCCACAGGAGCACUUGAGCAGUGGCUGCAGGGGGGUAACAAGAAACCAAAAAUCCAGUGAAGCAGAACUGACGUUGGUGUUGUGAAUGUGUCACAAUGUUACUUACUGUGUCUUGCUCAAUGGUUAAAUGUUUUCAAAAGGAAAUAAACUGCUUGUUCAAUUUGAGGUUUUUAUUACCCUUAUUACUUUUGAAAGGCAAAGACAUUUUUUAAACGUUGCUGCUAUGCAUUGAUCAUAUUAAUAUCAUGAUGAAUGCCACUACUUCCACCACCUUUUUCAAAGUUGCAGUCUGUUAGCUAUUGUCACUAAUCUAUAAUGCAUUUCAGUUUCAACAUAAUUCAAGCAGACAAACACCUGAUUGGUUAAAAGAAAUGUCAAGCACUUAGUUGUUUGCCAACACAAGCAACUGGCAGUAAGACAUGGAGAUUUACAUGUAGUCUUCCCCACAAAAUGAUUGCAAUUGUACAAAGUCUUGGAAACAGUUGACAAUAAAAAGAAACAUCACUGUUA